CGAUCAAAUGAUUUGUCGCCCACAAGUCUUCUGCGGCCAGGUGUCGCUGCAUUCAAUAUGGCGACAUUCAUACCGAAAGUAACGCAGUUAUCGGCGCGUGUUAUUCGAGUUCUAGGAUGUAAUCCCGGUCCCAUGACAUUGCAAGGUACUAAUACUUAUUUGAUAGGAACGGGCAGCGGAAGGAUUUUAUUAGACACGGGAAAUCCGAACGUGAAGGAAUACAUCGAGACCUUGCAAGGCGUACUCACUGAGCAUGACCUGCGACUUGAGCAGAUUCUUGUGAGCCACUGGCACGCUGAUCAUGUGGGAGGUGUCUCCGAUAUAUUAUCGGACAUCGCACCGGGUUGCGUGGUUCAAAAAUUGCCGUUCCACCACGACGAGUCCUCUUUCUCUUACCUGCAAGACGGCGAUGAAAUCUGUACGGAAGGCGCUACGCUUCGUGCGAUUGCUGCACCGGGUCACACCGUGGACCACAUGAUAUUGUAUCUGGACCAAGAAAAUGCUAUUUUCAGCGGCGAUUGCAUUCUCGGAGAAGGCACGGCGGUGUUUGAAGACUUGCAUUCCUACAUGGCUUCCCUGGAUAAAAUACUGCGUCUGAAACCGUCAAUAAUAUAUCCGGGACACGGCCCCGUCAUUACUGAACCGGAGAAGAAAAUCCGGGAAUACGUGAGCCAUAGAUUGAAGAGGGAAGAGCAAAUACUGCGUGCCUUGAAAGAUGCUAGUCCCAACUGGAUGACCCCCAUGCAGCUGGUGAAGGCCAUCUAUGUAGAUACUCCUCAACAUUUGCAUGCAGCUGCAGCUCGAAAUGUUCAACAUCACUUAACAAAGUUAGUUAAAGAUAAUGCUGUCGUCAUGCAGGAAGGACAACUUUACAAGCUACCAUAGCCUCCUUCCUCAGUGCAGUGCAACUGUUUCUGUGGCUGUUCUCAGUGCUUGUAUCAUCUUGAACAUAAUUGAUCACUUCUUGGCAUUGCCUAAAAAAAUUCAUGCCCGAGAUUAGUAUGUUUCUGCUCUUUGUUUGCAAGUUUAAGCAUUUUUUUAGUUUUAGAGCCAAGGGUAGUUUUUGUACAGAACUGCAUCGCACAUUUUCAGGUUAAACGCAGCUUCUUAAUGUGGUAGUUUGUGUAUUUCGUGCAAGAUUCAAAAAGUUUGGCUAUUUGGUGUGGGGGGGUUGAUGGAAUGCCACUAUUUCAUGAACACAAAAGCAAACGUGGGCAAUAACAAAUAACAUUACAUAGAUACAGGCAAGCUGUUGUGUUGGCUCUGGGUUUUUGCUUUUUCACUACGGUCUUUUUCCAAAUUUGUCGGGUUUCGAAAAAAUGCAAAUGUAUUCAAAGUAUAUAGUUGGGUUGGGGAGACCCCAUUCUAAGAGCAUGGCUUUUGACAUCAUUUGUUGGGACUUUCUUGAGGGUUGUUUCAUAAUGGCUAUUGGUCCCUUUUGCACUGUAAGCUUUUUAUCACUUUUAUUAUAAAUACCGACCAUGAUUCUUAUGCAUGACUCUGAUAAUCAAACUCUGGUAGUUGAGCAACGACUGGCGACGCAGUUUUUGCUGAGUGUCCAUUAUACCUGUGCCCUUUUUUUUUCUUAUCCGCAUUUAUUGGCCCUGCCAGUUCCUUAUUUUGCAACCUGUUGAAAUGUUCAAUACUCGUCACGAGAUGAGUUGCGCUUCACGCGAAUAGAGUUUGAGUAUUUUUUGUAACAGUGCACGAACACCUCAACUCUGGCAUAUAUUUGUACUGAAAAAAAGCUUUUUCAAAAUGGAAUAAAUGCCGAUAAACAGCU